AUGCGAAUAACAGAAGUCGAAGAGAUCGUGAUGGAAAAUAUUGACAAGAAUAUUGUAUUGAAAGUGAAUCUCAAUUGCUGUGAAGAAUGUCCAAGGAAACUAGAGAAAGCACUGUCGAAACUGACAGGGGUGUCUUCACUGGCCAUAGAUACAGAAGAAAAUUUUGUAUCAAUCUCAGGAACGGUGGAUUCAGAUACACUCAGAAAACUUAUUUAUGUAGAGAUAGGGAAAAAGGCAAAAGUUGUAUCCUGCGACACAAAAUCUACAAACAAUGUCGAGGAGAAAAAACCUAACACAAAAUCUACGGGAGACAAAGAUUCAAAAAACAAUAGUAACUGUCAUCACAAGGGAAAAAUGCAUAAAGGUUGUUGCUGCUGCUGCUGUCAAGAUGGAAAUUGUCAUAAGAAGAUAGAGAAUAAUCAGCAUAAAUGCGAAGCUUAUGAAGGACCCCCCGAGGUUAAAGAUUAUGUUUGUAGGGAUUAUUUUUGCAAAAUCCAUCCAAGGAAUCGAAAAAUAAUUGAUCGGGUGCCUGCAAACGAAAGUAGUGCCAGUAUGUUUGGUUAUUUUCCAAACUCCACACAAGGGUAUUAUGGUGAGCCACAUUCUUGGUAUCCUCUUAGAAGCUCGUAUUAUCCGAGGUGGUACCCGGAGCAACCACCCACUCGAUACGGGUAUUAUCAACCGCCAAGGAGGCCACAACCGCCUUAUGGUUUCUAUUAG